UCGUGACACGCUCAUGCAGCCGUGGCAGUACUUGCAGGUAUUUGCAUUUAUGUGUUAUUGAUUUCUUUAUCGCCAUGUAGUUUAUUUUACCAUAAUGGGUUUAUCUUGUGCAUGUAGAACCCUCCUCAGUACGUCGGCAACGACGAGAGGUGCUUUCUUGCGAUGAUCAUGUGGUGGACAUGCCCCCAGUACCUCAAGAAGCAUGAGGAGGGCAAGAAGAAGCGGGCAGAGAUGCGAGGUGGAUCGCAUAUCCAAGGCAGCAUCCCCAUCUCUCUUCACCUGCAGAAGGAGGAAGUCAGGACAGGAGCGAAGCCUAACGUCUUUGCCGUGCUAAAGAAGAUGAAGCAAAGGAAGACGCCUGAUCCUGAGACGGGGUCCGUGUGGGUUAACCCGCAAUCCGAGACCCAGUGCACGUCGUAUGUCUCCAAGUUCAAGCAGAAGUACGGCGAGGACGCCAACCCAGAGGCCGAGGACUUUGACCCUGAGGUCGCGGUGCUUGCGGGAGAAGGCUUGAAGCAUGGCCGCCUAUGGUUUGGUGACGGGUGCGUCGACCCAGCGAAGGUUCCCUCUCUCCGCCAGAUCCGUCGUGGUCGUAAGAGCGGCCAGCCUGAGGUAGAGCCCUGGCCACGGGCUACGGAUCUAGCUGUCGAGCGGCGCCACGCGGCGCUCACCUGUGCUCCUGGCACGCGGCUGGGAGUGCCUGGAGGAGGCUUUGCCGUGCGGGCUGGGCUGUUGCCGCACGGCAAAGGGAGCACGCACGGCAUAGUCAGGCGCACGGCAACGUCCCGCCGCACGGCAACGAGGUGCACGCAUGGCAAAGACAUGCCGCACGGCAACGAGUCGGACGCACGGCAAAGAUUCCACGCACGGCAAAGCGUCUGCCGCACGGCAACGUAG